AUGAGGCCCAACAAGGUGGAUGAGGCGCUGCAGCUUUUUGCUGCGCUACAGGACACACUGCAAAUAGAGACCCGCCAGCGCGAUGCCAACAGGGUCGUACGCGCGGCCAGCGCGGAGCCGUCUUUGCGUGGAUUGCAGCGACGGCGGCGGAGUGGCCGUGAGAAACGAGCACCCGCAUCUUCACCGCCUUCAUCGUUAGUGCAGUCAGCGUCCUCCGCUACGGACUUGCAGCGAAGACUUGAGGUUGCAGACGGCAUCAUGAGGCGACUGCAUGCCAAAAAUCAGCAGCUUUUGCAGCGCCUUACCGCGCUGCAACGGGAUGAGGGUGAAGGAAACGAGGCGACAGUCAGACGAUUGCGUGACAAGUUGCAGCAGCGGGAGGAGGAGGUGCGACGGCUGAGGCACCGCCUCCAGGAAUUUGAAAAACGGGCCGAGGAUUCCUCUCGAGGCACCAGUGGUGGUGUGAGAGGUGGUAUUGGGGGCGAUGCAGCCGUCUCACUUCUGACCUUGCGUGUGAAGCAGUUGGAGGAACAGUACAACCGGCUGCUGGGGAGGAGAGUGGCGGAUGCUUUGAGGACGGAGUCGGCGGGGAAGCACGAUGCCGAGCUGCGGGAGCUCUUCUCACUGAUGAAGAGCAAGAUCAUCGCAGACGCACGCCAUCAUGAGGCGGAGGUGCUGCUGCUGAAUGAAGCCCUCUUGGAGUCUGAGCGUCGACUUGCCACAAUUCCCAGUGGUGGAACGGGGUUAGAUGUGUAA